AUGAAAAACGUCAUUUACUUUUGCAACUGGUCAAUCUACGCACGAAAACACCUGCCAUGGGAAAUCCCGUGCUCGUCAACCACCCACAUCAUCUACGCCUUUGCCAACUGCGAUCCUCUCACGGGCGAAGUGCAACUGUCAGACAAAUGGGCCGAUGAGCAAAUUGUGUUUGAAAACGACAAAUGGACCGACGACUCAGAAAAGCAGCUCCACGGCUGCUUUUACCAGUUCAACCUGCUCAAACGACAGCACCGACAGCUCAAACUUUUCCUCUCCAUCGGAGGAUACUCGUUUGCCGGAAACUUUGCCGAGAUGGCCAAGGACGAGACCAAACGGAAACGAUUUGCCGAGUCAGCAGCUCAGCACGUGAUCAAUCUCGGUCUCGACGGCAUCGAUCUCGAUUGGGAGUACGCCGACACGGACGAAAAGGCCCAGCAGUACGUGGAGUUGCUUCGUGCGGUGCGUCUCGAGCUCGACAGUGUAGCUCUCAAGACGGGACUUGAUCGACACACGUUUGGGCUGUCUAUUGCUGCUCCGGGCUCCGUCUGGUAUGCCAAGCAUCUCAAGAUUGCUGAAAUGGACCAGUUUCUGUCCUUCUGGAACAUUAUGGCGUACGAUUUCGCUGGGUCUUGGUCACCGCAAUCGGGCCACCAGAGUAAUCUUUAUGGAGGAGAAAUCAGCGUCGAUCAGAUUAUGAACUACUAUGUUCAGAAUGGAGUGGCUUCUGAGAAGCUGAUUCUAGGAAUGCCUAUCUACGGAAGAUCUUUUGCCGGCACUGACGGCCUCAAUAAGCCGUACACUUCUGUGGGAGAAGGUACCCAGGAGGAGGGUAGCUGGGAACGCGGAGUCUGGGACUAUAAGAAGCUUCCUCGGCCGGGUUUCGAGGCCCAUUUCGACGACCAGUGCAAGGCGUCGUACCUUUACAACAAAGAUACAAAGACUCUCGUGACUUAUGAUGACGUGAAUGUCGUCAAGCUCAAGUCGGAGUACGUGCGACAGAAGAAUCUGGGCGGAGGAAUGUGGUGGGAGUCGUCUGCCGAUGGGGCCGGAGAUCAGAGUCUGAUUUUGAACUUCGUCGAGGGCCUGCAUCUGGACAAGGAAGAAAAUUGUCUCCAUUAUCCCCAGUCCGAGUGGAGAAACAUUAACAAUUGA